CCUCUGAAGACUUGUGCAGUGGAUAGGAAGAUGCAGCGAAGGCCAUUGCUAUAAUUCAAAGAAAUUACAGUGCCAACUGUUAGCUGUUGACUCCCAAUCCAUCAGAGAGAAUACUUACAACAAAGAGUUUCCAGUUCCUGCAAUUGCUCUAAUAUUAUCUAAGACAUUCAGAAGCAACUGAUCAAAAACAUGGCAGAUGUUGUGGUUACCAUUGCGUUGGAGCGGUUGGCUGAUGUUAUUCAGAGACAGAUUCAAGAAAAGGUGAAUUUGGUGAGAGGAGUGAGGAAAGAAGUUGAUUAUCUGUCCUCUAAGUUGAACACAAUCAGGAAUGUGUUGGAAGAUGCAGAAAGGAGAAGGUACAAGGACAAGACAAUCCAAAGCUGGCUGAACAAGCUGGAAGACGUGUCUUAUGAUAUAGACGACGUGCUGGACGAAUGGAACUUUGCUGCUCUCAAGCUUCGGAUUGAAGGGUCUGAGGAUUCUACUUCACCGAGGAUGAAGGUAUGUCCUUUUAUGCCAUCUUCUUGUUUGUGUUUGAAUAAAGUUGCAACACGUCGAGAUAUUGCCAAGAAGAUAAAGGGAUUGAAAGAACGGCUGAAUGUGAUUUUGAAUGAGAAAGAUGAAUUUAGUUUCAUCGUUAAUCAGCCUGUCAAUGCUCAAGAACCAACUAGAGAUAGAUCUACUUCUUUAGUUGAUUUGUCGGACAUACAUGGGCGAGGAAAUGAUAGAGAUGUUCUUGUAAGCAAACUCAUGCUUGAAGUUGCUGGCAAGCAAUCAGGUCCUGAUGUUAUUUCAAUAGUUGGGGCAGGGGGGAUUGGGAAGACGACUCUUGCUCAACUCAUAUAUAAUGAUGAUCGUCUUGUAAGUUGUUUCGAGUUAAGAAUUUGGGUUUGUAUUUCCGAUGUUUUUGAUGGGAUUAGAAUUGCUAAAGCAAUUCUUGAGAGUGUGACAGGGAGAUCAGCAGAGCUCAAUGAAUUGAGUGCACUGCUAAAUUGUUUAAAGAACUCUAUCUCGGGGAAAAAGUUUCUUCUUGUCCUGGAUGAUAUAUGGACAGAAGACUAUAGCAAAUGGGAGCCCUUUAAAAACUCUCUUAACUGCGGUAACCCUGGAAGUAAAAUUUUGGUGACAACAAGAAGCGAAAGAGUUGCAAGAGUGAUGCGCACCACUGAGACAUAUCACUUAGGCCAAUUAUCUGAUGAAGAUUGUUGGUUGUUAAUGAAACGUCUAGCACUUUUUGGGAGGAAUGAAGAGAACUAUGAGGAAUUACAAAGGAUCGGUCAGAAAAUAGCUGAGAAAUGCAAGGGCUUGCCGCUUGUCGCAAAGGUCUUGGGAAGCCUUUUGCGUUUGAAAGAUACCGCGGAAGAGUGGGAGAAUAUCUUAGACAACGAAAUAUGGCAAUUAGAAGAAGCAGAAGUCGACCUUUUUCCUCAUUUGUUUUUGAGUUAUAACGAGUUGUCCCCAACAAUGAAGCAGUGCUUCUCAUAUUGCGCCAUCUUUCCCAAGGAUUGGAGGAUUGAUGUGAAGAAAUUGAUAAGAAUGUGGAUGGCUCUAGGCUAUUUGGGCUCACCCGGAAGCACGACUGACUUGGAACUUAAAGGAAAAGAGUACUUUAAUAAUUUGAGAAUGCGCUCUUUCUUUCAAGACUUUGAGGAAUAUGGUGACAUCGUUUAUUGCAAAAUGCAUGAUGUAGUGCACGAUUUUGCUCAAUUUCUCAGGAAGAACAAAGGUCACAACCGGACGGAUAACAAACUAGACGCAAGGACAAAUUCUUCACUAGUCACCCAAGUGAAGGUAUAUCGUAGCUUAUUUUGUCAAAAAGAGGUUCCUUGUGAACUAUUUGAUUUUGCAACACACGUAAGGGUCUUGAGUUUAUGCGGAUGCAAGCUGCACGAUAUUCCAAGAGGCAUAGACGACUUGAUUCACUUGAGGUACUUAGACCUGAGUGAUAGUCACGGGCUGACAGCACAAGUUUUCCGGAGUAUCUGCCAGUUAUAUAACUUGCAAAUUCUUGAUUUGCACUUAUGCGGGUUGAAAGAGAUACCAAGGGAAAUUGGGAAUCUUAUUAACUUGAGGUACUUAGAUCUAAGUGAUAACCAGUUGAAAACAGAACUUCCUCAAACCAUAAGUCAGUUACAUAACUUGCAAACUCUUUGUUUGACCAAUUGCAACUUGAAAGAAAUACCAACAGGUAUUGGGGAUUUGAUUGGCUUGAGGAACUUGAAUUUGAGAAAUAACAAGCUGAAAGAAAUACCAAGGGAAAUUGGGAAUUUGAUUGAGUUGAGAAACUUAGACAUGAGUAAUAACGAGCUGAAAGAAAUACCAAGGGAAAUUGGGAAUUUGAUUCGCUUGAGAAACCUCAACUUGAGAUCGAACAAAGACAUAAAAGAGUUGCCGGAAACUAUGUGCAAUUUGUGUGAUCUACAAAACUUGAAUCUUGUAGAGUGUGAACGUUUCUCCAGGCUUCCAGAAGGGAUUGAAGGGCUUGUAAGCCUAAGACACCUCCACUAUUCCGACAGUUCAAUUCUCUAUCGGAUUCCUCAAGGUUUGGAGAAACUAACAGGCCUUCAGACACUGAGGGUGUUGUAUGCCGGAAGAGAUUGGAGCAAACUGGGAUACUUGAAGGAGUUGGACCAACUUAGUGGAUAUCUGAGGCUGAUAAUCAGUCUUGAUGACAGAGAAGACGUGGACGACGCCCGAAAGUCAAAACUGAUGAACAAGAUACAGAUUGAGGAGCUGGAAAUCGUGUUCACUGAUGCAAUGGGGAGAACAGAAGAAGAUGAGUUGCUAAGGAACGAGGCAUUGGAGGCCCUGCAGCCGCCUCCAAACUUGCGUCGUUUGAUGAUCAGUUGCUACGAGGGGACAAAGUUCCCAGGCUGGAUCAACUCAUCUUUCAACCAUCUAACAAGUCUUCAAAUCAGCGCAAACAAUUACAUCUCAAGCUGCCUUGUCUGGGGAAGCUGCCAAAUCUGCAAUACCUUUACGUGUUGGGAAUGGAAAGGCUGAAGUCAGUGGGCAGGGAGUUCCUGGGAAUAGCUGGGAAUGCCUAUGGUUCAAUGCCUAUGCGGGGCGUGGCGGUCAGCUUCCCGAAGCUGGAGAUACUGAUGUUCAUGAAAUGUUCGCAGUGGGAAGAAUGGGAAGACAUAGAAGACGGCAGCACCACCAUGUCGAUAAUGCCGUGUCUCCGGAUUUUGAAGAUCACACGAUGCGGGCUAACCGAGCUACCCCAUCGGCUCCUCCGUAAGGCAUCAUCGCUCCAGUAUUUGACAAUCUACCGAUCUUUCCACCUAUUGGAACGUUAUGGGGAGAACGGUUCUGGCCAUGAAUCGCUCUCCCAUAUUCCGCAUGUUUCAGUGUGGUACUAGCAGUAGCAUGUGAAGAAGACACUUUCCAGUACCUUCUAUUCCUUAGUUUCUUUUUAUCUGAUCUAACAAAUAAAGUUUCAUCAAGAUAUAUAUUAUAUUCAAAACACGGGUAAAUUACUAUCAAUUUUUUUUAAAAUUUGUUAUAAUUGUUAAUAAUUUCUCUUUGUGUGAA